GUGGCUAAUUGCCAGAGGCUUCCUCGGGUCCUGUGGGACGAGCUGGAGGUCGCGGAGUGGUGGGGCCGCAGGUGUUCCUCUGGCGUCACUCUCUGGGGGUUUUAGUGUCACUCACGUCCAGGAGCCUGCGAAGUGAGAAAGUGUGGGUCGUACUUCACUUCUAGUCGUACACUCUGGAGAAGGAUCUCCAGGAACCGAGUACCUACCAGAAUUGGAUAGCCAUAAUGGCCGAAAAUGGUGAUAAUGAAAAAAUGGCUGCUCUCGAGGCUAAAAUCUGUCAUCAGAUUGAGUAUUAUUUUGGUGACUUCAACUUGCCACGAGACAAAUUUUUAAAGGAACAGAUCAAACUGGAUGAAGGCUGGGUGCCUUUGGAGAUAAUGAUAAAAUUCAAUAGGUUAAACCGUCUAACAACAGACUUUAAUGUAAUAGUAGAAGCACUGAGCAAAUCAAAGGCUGAACUCAUGGAAAUAAGUGAAGAUAAAACUAAAAUUAGAAGAUCUCCAAGCAAACCCCUCCCUGAAGUGACUGAUGAAUAUAAGAAUGAUGUAAAAAACAGAUCUGUUUAUAUUAAAGGCUUCCCAACUGAUGCAACCCUUGAUGACAUAAAAGAAUGGUUAGAAGAUAAAGGUCAAGUACUAAAUAUUCAGAUGAGAAGAACAUUACACAAAGCAUUUAAGGGAUCAAUAUUUGCUGUGUUUGAUAGUAUUGAAUCUGCUAGGAAGUUUGUCGACACCCCUGACCAGAAAUAUAAAGACACAGACCUGCUAAUACUUUUCAAGGAAGAUUACUUUGCCAAAAAAAAUGAAGAAAGAAAGCAAAAUAAAGUAGAAGCUAAAUUACGAGCUAAACAAGAGCAAGAGGAAAAACAAAAGUUAGCAGAAAGUGCUGAAAUAAAAUCUCUAGAAGAAAAGAUUGGCUGCUUGCUGAAAUUUUCAGGAGACUUAGAUGAUCAGACCUGUAGAGAAGAUUUGCACAUCCUUUUCUCAAGUCAUGGUGAAAUAAAAUGGAUAGACUUUGUCAGAGGAGCAAAAGAGGGGAUAAUUCUAUUUAAAGAAAAAGCUAAGGAAGCACUGGAUAAAGCCAAAGAUGCAAAUAAUGGAAACCUACAAUUAAGGAACAAAGAAGUGACGUGGGAAGUACUAGAAGGAGAUGUGGAAAAGGAAGCACUGAAAAAAAUCAUAGAAGAUCAACAAGAAUCUCUAAACAAAUGGAAAUCAAAAGGUCGCAGAUUUAAAGGAAAAGGAAAGGGGAAUAAAGCUGCCCAGACUGGGUCUGCUAAAGGAAAAGUACAGUUUCAGGGCAAGAAAACUAAAUUUGAUAGUGAUGAAGAACACGAUCAGAAUGGUGCAUCUGGACCAGUAAAAAGAGCAAGAGAGGAAACAGACAAAGAAGAACAACCUACACCAAAACAACAGAAAACAGAAAAUGGUGCUGGAGACCAGUAAUUUAGUAAAAAAAUUUUUUAUUCAUCUUAAUUAGGUUUUAAGCUGCUUUUGUCUUUAGAGGCUUUUAAAAAGAAAACCGAAUUAGGUCCACUUCAAUAUCAACCUGUAAGAAAGGAAAAUUUUUGUUGUUGUUUAACUUGUCUUUUUUUGUUAUCCAAAUGAAGACAUUUUUUUUAAUGUAUAGUUCUGUUUGUGUUAUUUCAAAUAUCAAAAGAAAGAUUCUUCCAUUAAAUUGCCUUUGUAAUAUGAAAAUGUAUUAGUACAAACUAAUAAAAUAUGUACUAUAUAAAAAGAGCAAAAA